AUGGGCAAUGGCGCUGCCGACGCGCUCUCUCGCGUGGGCAAGCAAUUCGAGGUGGCCGCGCUCUCUGCGUGCCAGCUAGCCAGGGUGCAAGAGGUGAUCAACUCCUACGCCACCGACGCGGACGCGCAGGAGCUACUGCAUCAACUCACCUUGCACAACCCCGAUGAGCACGGCUACGAGCUCUACCGCGGCACAAUCAGCGCCGUGGGAGGCCACUCCGGCAGCACCGCCACCUACCAGCGCGUGCGCAAACACUUCGACUGGCGAGGACUCAAGCGCGACGUCGACGAAUUCGUGCAACAGUGCGCGGUGUGCCAGCAGGCCAAGCACGAGCACGUCAAGCCGCCUGGGCUCCUGGCCCCGCUGCCAAUUCCGGCCGCGCCUUGGGAGGAUCUCACCAUGGACUUUGUCUAG